GACACGGUCCCGAUCCGGGCUGUUGCGCCUGGAACUUGAAGUCUUCCAUGUACAUAUUGUAGAGAUUCUUUACGAACACCUAGCUCAUACAGCUCUGCGAUCUGUUACCUUAUUUUUUCACACGCCCUUGUCAGCUUCCGGAAACAAUUGCCAACAUGUAUCACCUAGCAAAGGGUCUCUACCGAUUAGCGACCAGUAAAGAGGAAUACUCCGUCAUCCUCCUAGGCCUCGACAACGCCGGAAAGACCACCUUUCACGAACAAGUCAAAGCUCUCUUCCACCCCGACCAGCCCGAGCCCAAGUUGAGAACGGUUCCUACGGUCGGCCAAAAUGUCUCCACCAUCACCCUUCCCGACAUGUACCUGAAGCUCUGGGACGUCGGCGGCCAGCUCUCCCUUCGCGCCCUGUGGCACUCGUACUACUCGUCCUGCCACGCCAUCAUCUUCAUCAUCGACAGCACCGACAUCGGCGACGGCCAAAUCGAGCGCGAUCAGAACAACGGGCGGCUGGACGAGUGUCGGGCGGUGUUGGAGGAUGUGUUGCAGCACUCGGAGACAGAAGGCGUACCGCUGUUGAUAUUGGCGAACAAGCAGGACCGGGAAGACUGCGUAGAGGUGGUGCGGAUCAAGGAAGGGUUGGUAAAGAAGGUCUUUGAGGGCGAGAAGAGCGCAAGUAUCAGAGACUCGAGGGUGUUGCCGGUGUCGGCACUAACGGGCACGGGCGUGAGGGAGGCGGUGGAGUGGGUUAGGUCGAGGGUAAAGUGGAACAAGGAGUCGAGGCCGCCGGUUAUGCGGUGAGAAGCGGGAGCGGUUGAUGAUGAAAGACCAAUUCAUGACAUGACCCGCGUUCGCGACCAAUAUCGACGAACAUCGACAGCGCUGGGGCAGAGGAUUCUAUGUGGGAACCAAAUCCUCCUUUGGGGUUCGGCAAUGCUUGGAUCUUGCCCGCCGUUGAGGAUCUCCGCCGCCUCCUGGAAGACUCAAGGACUAGGCCAGGAGCAGUACAUGAUCACGCCGGUUUCUUCCAAAAACACCUACAACGGAGCGCGAGAUUACCCUGCCAUCGGAUCAAAUCACUUCAAACUCGGACAAGAUUGGAUCUUGGGGGAAGUGGCGUAGAAGCAAAUUUGGGGAUCAGGCUUGGUCUAAACUAAAGUUUGGAGCUCAUUGCGUCUAGAGAUAGAGGCUAAGA